AUGAGAUUACUUGCGUCUCUGUUGUGGCUUUUGGCUGUUUUUCAGAUUGGCGUAUGGGCUGCAACACCCCCGACAGAGCCUCCCGCAUGUGGUGCAAAAUGCAUUCAGCAAGAAGCCAUGAAAUCGCCAUGCGGUCUUAACGCAACUUGCAUCUGCACAAACGUCGAACUUAAUGAGAAGAUAUCCCUUUGUGUUCACGAAAACUGUUCCGUGAGGGAAAGCCUCUGCCUCUUGGGUUUCAUUCUCAGAGUCAUGGCCAGGGUAGUUGUUGGAACACAAACGUGGGGAGCUGACGACUGGGUCAUGCUACUCGCUGUGGCCAUGAUGAUACCCCUUAAUGGACUUUCCGUCCAAAUAUCUCGAGUUGGACUUGGCAAAGAUAUAUGGAAUGUUGAGCCCGACGAUAUUACCGACUUUCUUUACUUGUUUUAUUGGGAUUCCCUACUAUACCUUGGGGUUCUGCCUGUGACCAAGAUAUCUAUUCUUAUCUUCUACCUCAAGGUAUUCCCAGGUCGAAUGAUCCGCAUGACCUGCUAUAUCUUCAUUGGUCUCAAUGUCGCCUACUUUAUCGCCUUUGAGCUCGUUUCGAUUUUCCAGUGUACUCCAAUUGAAGGUGCUUGGAGGGCAUGGGACAAAGAAUUCCCUGCAAAGUGCAACGACAUCAACAUGCAAGGUUGGAUGGCUGCAAUCAUAAACAUCUUUUUGGACGUGGGCACCAUGGUUAUCCCACUAAAAGAGCUUUACAGGCUAUCAAUGUCCACCAAGAAAAAGAUUCAACUCAUGUCGAUGUUCAGCAUUGGAAUCUUUGUGACGGUCGUUAGUGCUGUUCGUCUUCAGUCCCUGGCAAGCUAUGCUACCACAGACAAUGUGACUCAGGAUUAUGUGGAAAUUGGCUAUUGGAGCACGAUAGAAGUUCCCGUGGGCAUCAUAUGCGCCUGUAUGCCCGCCAUUCGUUCACUUUUUGGUACACUCUUUCCCCGGGUAUUUGGAACGACAAACAAGAGCAAAGAUGCGUACGCCAACAUUUCGUACAACUCUGGGCACUUAUCGAAGUCUCACAAGCAUGAUUUCAAGGGUAUAGCAACCCUGGACACCCGCGUCGAGGCGGACCUUUCUGCGUUCUCGCGGCAUAACGACGAUUCGUCGAUAAUGGAACUAACUGAUGUAGGCCGGGAGAUGGGGAAAAGACCUGCAGUUCCAUCAGAGCCAGUGUAG